GUUUAUGACGAAACUGUGUAAAAGGCGACAGAAUUGAUGGAUGCAGUUUGUGACGUCAUCUGGUGAAUAUUUAUAAGUAUCCGUUGUUUCUCUCUCUCUCUCACUCGCUCGCUCGCUCGCUUUCUCACUCUUAAUCUAUCCUUGAAACGAUGAAUGGAACAUUUGACCAGGAGGAACGAAACAAUUGGCAAAGAGGAUUAGUAACUUUUCUAAUAAUAUUGGUUCUAUUGAUAGCCCUUAUUGGUAAUCUAAUUGUUAUACUUAUUGUGGUUCAAACCAACAAGUUAAGAAGUCAAUUAUCAAACUGGUUUAUAAUUAAUUUGGCAAUAUCGGAUAUAAGCAAUGCAAUCGUUGUUAUGUCGACCUCUGCUGUAAGCACAGCGCUGGAUUUUAGAGAGAUAAACAAAAUAUGGUGCAAGAUCACUUGUUCAGCCAAUUAUUGCCUUAUGAUAGCUUCCAUGUUGACCAUGCUCUUUAUAGGCUUAGACCGCUAUCUGGCAAUCAUUCACGCCCUCAGUUAUAAGCGAUUUGUCACAAAGAGAAGAGUUCAGUUGGUUUUAGGAUUCACUUGGUUUCAGGGUCUUGCAUUUAGCAUUCCACCAUCGCUUACCUUGGACUGGGUGGAAUAUGAUUAUUGGGAAGCUGUUUGUGCUAUCAAAUGGGGGUUACCCGGUACUGCUAUAUACGUCAUUUUAGCAUGUAUUUUAUGCUUUGCUCUACCUUUUCUAUUACUCAUCUUCUUUUAUUGCGGCAUUCUUAAGAUAGUACGAGACAAUUCCGUUUCUCACUCUUAUCAACCAGGAACUGGAAGAGAGGGCAAGCAAAUUAUAUCUCUUUUGUUAGUCGUGACACUCUUCUUCGUUUUCAUGGCCCCAUUUUGUAUAACAAAGCUAUUGAAAGUUUUAGGAUACAAAAUUAACGGUUGGUGGUCUACUGGUUCUUCUAUUGCUGAAUAUAUGGCUUCUGCUUGCAAUCCGUUCAUUUACGCAAUCUUCCGAGAAGACAUGAGAAAAGCUCUACAGUAUCUAUGGGCAACGAAAGUCGCAAAAGCUGGAUAUUGAAAAACAAAAGAAAAGAUUCCAAAAGAGAGUUUAUCUACCAAUCUCUCUCUCUCUCUAUUUCUUUAAAGAAAAGGUAGAAAAAUGUUCAAAACUGUUGACUGCAUUCAGCUACUUGAAUUUCUUACAUCUUUUACAAAUUGGUGCCUGUUUACGUAUGAUUUGUUUCCAAAUUCAUCUUUAUUUAUUAACACAAAAGAAAAGAAAUACGUCAAUUAAAUAAAUUGGAUCGUAUCUUAUUACUUGUGAUAAUAUGCACAGUGAAUUAGUACAUCAACUAUAUAUUCAAUAAUAUUGUUAUUACUAUUCUUAUGCCGUCUUGAUUUUCACCUGUUUCCAUUUCCUGUAAUAUCAAAAAAGUCUUCAUUCUCUGUUAAUUAAAUGGAAAUAGGUGACAAGUUUUCUUUUAGGCUAUAUAUAUAUAUGUGUUGAAGUAUUUCUGUUUUCAUCUUAUGCAAGUAUCCUCCUCCUAUAUUAACACUUUAUUAACUUUUCUUCUAUGCAAGCAAUUAUAUGAAGUUAAUUUAAACAGCGUGGGAGGAGGUGGAGCCAAUAAUCAGAAACAAUUGACUAGCACCGCCUCUUUUUUUCUUUUGAUUGUAGUUCUUUGCUCUCAAAGUUUCUUGUUACAAACAAACAAGAUUAAGCUGCUGUUAAUAAUAGACAAGAGGAAGAAGAUUCUACUUUUCUCACGUGCGUUCCGAACCUUUAUAAAAAAAGUUCCUAUAUAUGAAGUUACACUUGUUAAGUUGGCUAAACAUGUUCGAACAUGCACGCAAUCAAAUAAUAAUUCGUAUUUCUAUAUUGUAUUUAGUUCACUCGACAACAUUUUCUAUCCUUAAGGCGACUGUGCACCGAGACAAUACUUACAUUAAAAGGUAACUUGAUAACGAGUUUGUCCAAUCAAAGUAUGUUCAAUUACUGUUUGCCAAUCUAUUCUCUUAUUUAGCGUAAGAGAUAAAAAUUCUACAUUCGAUUUAUUAAAUAUAGAAAAAAUACUAUAGUUGAUUAUGAUUAUUU